AUAAUGAUGGCGGCGGCUGAGGAAGCGGAGAGGCUGCGGGGCGGCCUCCGGUCGGGGCUGCGCGUCCUCCGUGAGGAGCACCGGGGCUGGCGGGAGACGCUGGCCUCCUGCUUGCCGCUGCUGAGGGCCCUGGGUAACGUGGCCCGGCAGGCGGAGGCGGCGCGGAGGGUGUCCUUCGGGGAGACGCCGCUGAGGGCUUUCGCGCGGCUGCCGGAGCGGCUGCGGCUGAAGCAGCGGGCGGCCAUGGAGGCGCUGCUGGCGAAGCUGCGCCGGGAAAAGCUGCCGGCGCUGCGGGAGGCUCGGGAUGCCGUCGGGGCGAGCCUGGCGCCGCUGCUGGUGCUCGGGGGGCUCGGCCAGGACCCCGACCCGCAGCCCCGCCGCGCGCCUUCUCCGGCCUGGGCCGACUUGGUGGCCGGGCUGCAGGACGCCGAGGCGCUUUUCCACGCCGUGUACUUGGAAGCGCGGCUGCUGCUGCUCUCGCUCAGCUACCGGGACGUGGCGGGGGUGCAGGCGGGCCCCCAGGCCUGGGAGCGGAUAAUGCAGCGCGGGCAGCGUGGAGAUCGCGUGGAAGAAACGUUGUUGAAAGCCGCCUUCUUCCUGGAGGACGCAUGAGGCGCACAAAGCAGCUUGUUUGCUCACCCCCAGGGAAGGAUUCUUCAGGAAGCCCUGCUAUUCGAAGGCCCCUGGACUUGGAGUCUGCCCUGGGGUGAGCCCCACUUGCAGGAUUGUGUUGUGACUAAUUGCAGCUCAGGUUCUUUUCCAACCUGGAGCACAGUUCUUGACGGCAUCUCAAAUAAAAAAGAUUUCCUGCCCUUAAGGUGUCCGCUUUCUCUUUUAGAGGAGCAGGCAGGGCAGGGCUUGCUUAAAGGGCCUGGUUUUGCCAAAAGGAGAAGAUCAGAACUAGAGAGAUGGGUGCCCAGAGAUGAGCUGGGUUCUCUUCUGGGAAUUUUGUGGCUUAGGAGGAGUCAAUUGUUGGUAGCUCAUUGUUUGCUGCUCAGGGUAGAGACCUGCUUCUGUAGAGGAGAAGAAAUAGUUGCCUUGCAAAGAUACAGCUGGGCUCAUGGGCUUGGCCUAGUUUACAGUGAUGCUCCAGGCAGAAUCUGUUGUUCUCACAGCAUUUUAGGGCUAAACAUAACAAUAAAAAUUUCACUUUA